CAGAUACGAGCAAACGAUCGAGGAGUUUCACCUUUUUGCCGACGGCCGCCAUACCGGUAAAGAACGAAAAGGAACGAUUUUUUGUUGUUGUUGAUCUCAUACUCCUCAGUGAAAUCUUGCGGUGGAGGAUAGCUGGAAUACCCCAGUGUCACAGAGUCGUUUCUUUGCGAAGCAUCUAAACCGGAACCUGCAGCAGAUGCAGUGAGUUAAAGUGAUGAUGCAGAGAAAAAAAUAAAAAGCAGCUCACCCUCCUCUCUUCUCUAUCACCCAGGAUACGCAAGAGAAGAACACUAUAAGGAUUAUUUAUUUAUUUACUUUUUUAUGUAUCUUUAUUUGGGAGCUGCCCGACAAAAAAUCAUUUGCAUGUAAAAGCUGACUCUUCAGGAUGGCGGGGUCCAAGCGACUCAUCAGAAUUUUAGCGGUAUGCUGUUGUCUCUUGUCUUCGAGUUGUCUUGCCGAUGUCCUGCGGGUUGCUGUUCCCCACGACGCUUAUCCCGGAUAUGGAAUCACCAGGCUAGAUUACUGGGGACAAGCUUUCAGCCUGCUGGAGAACGAAUUUUCUAGUCUUUUUGCAGUCAUGAGUGACGGACUUCUGAUGCCGACCAGCGAACUCAGCCACCUGAUCGACUCUCCACCCUUGACUCUGGUCGUCAGACAAGAGGCACAGAAUGGCACGAAAGAACAGAUGAUAGUGAUCCACGUCGUCGAUAGGAAUCGGCUCGUGAGGUUUUCUCAAGAUAGCUACAGCGGGCAAAUCUAUGAGAACGAACCGGCGGGCACGGUGGUCGAAGGCCUGGAUAGGAUGUUUGCAACUUCGGAUCCGUACCAUCCAAUCAUUUACACUUUCGUGUCAGGAAACGAGGAGGACGCCUUCAGUAUUGUCCAACUUCCAAUCAACAACCUCUCCUCCAGUAUCGUCAUCCGGACGAACCGCGUCCUGGACAGAGAAAGGCAGGAAGUGUACGACCUAGUCAUCAGGGCCACCGAUGUCCAGGAAGCCAACAGCGCCGACGCCCAAGUGACCAUCCAGGUGAACAACGUGAACGACAACGCUCCGGUUCCGGAGAGGACCAUCUAUGAAUUCCGGAUCCCGGAAGACACGGAGCUGUAUUCCAUCGUCGGAAACGUGAGUGCUUACGAUGCGGAUGGUGAUAAACCCGUGUAUCAUUUAGUGUCCCGGCACCCGGUGUUUGCCAUUAUCCCGAAGACGGGUCAAAUUCUUUUGAUCGCGGCACCCGAGUUGAAGACCUACAAGUUGAAUGUGCGCACCCAGGAUACAGCGAAACCACCGAGGAUUAGUGCUCCCUUUUCGGUGUAUAUCGAAGUGUAUAGUGAGGAAUUACCACUGGAAAGUGAAAAUGUCGACAGCAACGAUAUUCAGUUGCUGUCCCGUCAGAAGAGAAGCGUGAGACCCACGAAAAGUUACGAGUAUAAGGAGACUGACGGCAGCAAACCAGGAAAAGUGAUGUUUCAGUUGGAUAAGAAACAUCCCCAAGAAACUUACAAGAUGGAGAACCCUAUUAAAUGGGUUGAUGUGGAUUCAUCUGGUGAUGUUAAGAUCAAAGAGCCCUGGGAUUAUGAGCAGCUGGGAAAAGAAAAAACCAUCGAUUUUUGGGUAUUCGUCACUGGACCCAACAUCAAUGAUCCAGAGAGGCAGCGAGUGAUAAUACACCUGAAGGAUGUGAACGACGAGCCACCCUAUUUCAUCAACAGACCCCUUCCCAUGCAAGCCGUCGUUCAACUGAAUGCUCCACCGGGAACACCAGUUUUCAAACUCCAGGCAAGAGAUCCGGACACAGACCAUAACAUUCAUUACUUUCUUGUUAGAGACAGAACCGGCGGACGUUUCGAGGUGGAUGAGAGGUCCGGUGAAGUGAGGACACUGGGCAGUGAUCCCUUUAUGCUGGACAAGGAGUACGUACUGUACGUGAAGGCCGAAGAUCACAACGGGAUGACUGAAGACAGGCAACAUCAGUCGACGGGAGAGGAGAGACUGUCCAUCAUGGGGGGCAAGAGACCCCCUCAGUUCUAUAUGCAGAAGUAUGAAGCCACCAUACCCGAGAACCAGAAGAAGGAUUCAGAUAUAAUCGAGGUGAAGGCGAAAUCCUUCGCCGACAGAGAGAUAAGGUAUACCCUUCGUGCUCAGGGUAAAGGAGCGGGCACCUUCAACAUAGGACCCACGACCGGUGUCGUGAAACUGGCCAAGGAUUUGGAUUACGAAGAUCUUAGGCAGCCAAAGUCAUAUUCUCUUAUAGUGACAGCCACGGAAGAUUCUGGUGGUUUUUCCACUUCUGUUGAGCUUACGAUCAAAGUGACGGAUGUGAAUGAUAACGCACCCAGAUUCGAACUUCCGGAUUACCAGGCUCACAAUGUGGAUGAAGAUGUCGCCGUGGGGACAUCCAUAUUACAAGUGUCUGCAAGUGAUAUGGAUCAAAACAAGAAUGCCGAGAUUGAGUAUUCUCUGGACAAAGAAGACUUUACCAUCGACAACAAGGGUGUCAUCUACUCCAAUAAGCGACUGGAUGCGGACAUUAACAACACUUACGUCCUAACAGUUAGGGCGACGGACCGGGGAGAUCCGCCACUCACCGGAACGGCCACGGUCCGUAUUUACACGGAAAACAAAAACGACGAACCGCCUAAGUUCAGUCAAGAUGUGUAUACGCCGAAUGUGGACGAGAAUGCUGGACCCAACACCCUGGUGACCACAGUAGUUGCCAGCGACAAAGAUGGUGACAAUAUAUACUUCGGAUUUGUUGGAGGUGGUACAGUUUCCGGCAUGUUUCAAAUUGAAGAGAGAACAGGUGUGAUACGUCUUAUAAGUGGCCAUAUUCAGUUGGAUAAGGACAAAUACGAGCUUAAUGUCACUGCCCGUGAUGACGGGGCUUGCUGCAAAAAUGGUGCUCUCACUACCCACACCAGCACGGCCCUGGUCGUCGUCUUCAUAACCGACGUCAACGACAACAAACCCCUCUUCGAAGAGUGCAGCACCUACGCACCCCAAGUAGAAGAAGGAGCUCCCAGCGGAACACAAGUUAUCAAGGUGAAAGCUAUCGAUAAUGAUAAAGGUCACAAUGGUCAAGUGAGAUAUUCCAUUGUCCAGCAACCCAAUCAAAAAGGAACAAAGUUCAUCGUCGAUGAAGUUACUGGAGAUAUUCGUACCAAUAAGGUGUUUGACAGAGAGGGUGACGACGGCCGUUUUGUGAGCGUGACAGUGAAAGCGACAGAUAGGGGCAAUCCACCCCUGGAAGGUGUCUGCUCCUUCAAAGUGGAAAUCACGGAUAUCAACGACAAUCCGCCACUGUUUGACCGGCAGGAAUACAGAGAGAAUGUGAAGCAGGACACACCUAAAGGGACCAACAUACUCAGAGUAUCGGCAUCCGAUGAGGACGCCGAUAACAACGGAGCCAUCGUCUACAACCUCACAGCACCAUACGAUCCGACGGAUCUGGAUUACUUUGAAAUUAAUCCGGACUCCGGUUGGAUCAGCCUUAGAAAAGCAUUGGAUAGGGACCAGUACCACUUGAGGGCGAUUGCCUUGGACAAAGGUUUGCCCCAGCAUAGGGCGACUGUGGAGGUCAUCAUCGAUGUGGUGGACAGAGCCAACAAUCCUCCUAUUUGGGAUCAGCCUGUCUAUGGUCCCAUAUUUAUAAAGGAGAACUAUAUGGUUGGACAAGUGGUCGCCUCCAUAAAAGCUCGCUCAGGAAUACCGGAUAAUCCGACGGUAUUCUACACCCUCAUGAAGGGCAGUACAGAACAGACGAACAAGAAGGAUACAUUCUACUUGGAUCAGAGGAAUCUGAAUGGCGACACAUGGGCCGACAUCCAAGUCAACUACCCGCUCGACUACGAAAGAAUCCAACAGUAUAACUUAACAGUCCGAGUAGAGAACAAUGGUAUCCAGCAAUUAGCUUCAGAGGCAACUGUCUACAUCGUCCUGGAAGAUGUGAAUGACGAAAUUCCAUUAUUCAUCGAAAGAGAACAGGAGACUGUGCUAGAAGGCAUGCCCCCAGGCACCAAAGUCACACAGGUUCAGGCAAGUGACAAGGAUGGUACCUACCCCAACAACAAGGUGUACUAUGCCAUCGAGUCCAAGGACCAGGGAGACAAGUUCUUCACCAUAGAUAGGGAAACUGGGGAAAUCUACACAAGAGUGGAAUUCGAUAGAGAAGAGAAGCAAGCUUACGCCAUCUUGGUGAGAGCGGAAGAUGGUGCCGCAUCGGACAGACCCAACAUGAAACCAGGAGAACCCAAUUCAGGUAUUUUUAAUUCGUCAAACAUUUUUGAAAUACUACAUAUUGUAUUCAUAAUAGCUAUAAGUUGAAGAGCUCGAUGAUAAAAAAAUUUGUUUAAAUAACAUUGUAAUGAACGAGGUCGCCAGU